CUACAUCGUUCUUUUUCCAAAGUGAAGUCAUGGUCGCCUUUAUUUUCUCACAUUUUGUCAAAGAUGGCCGCGAGCAUGUAUAUACCCUCUUUCAAGCUUAAUGACGGUACCACGAUCCCGUCGAUCGGACUGGGGUGCUGGAUGGGAACACCUGGGGAAGGCGAGCGUGUUAAGGAGAUGUGCAAGAAGGCACUAGCAGUUGGAUGUCGUCACUUUGAUACGGUCCGUAGUCAUUAAAGCUCUUUUAAAGGCAGAGUCCUGACAUUGUGCUCAUCAUCCCAAGCUUCUGCGUAUACCAACGAAGAGAACGUAGGCCUUGCGAUCUCUGAAUCCGAAAUCCCCAGGGAACAAUUAUACAUUACCACCAAACUUUGGAAUGGCGAUCGUCGCCGUGUCUGCGAGGCAUUCGAAGAGUCACUCGUCAAAAUAGCUUGUGAAUACAUCGACUUGUAUCUCAUACACUGGCCAUAAGCAAUCAGCGAAAUAGGUGUCACUCUUCAACCCGGGGAUCAUCCGACCAUCAUCGGCACAUGGAAGGAGAUGGAGAAGCUAAUUGAUACAGGAAAAGUCAAACCGAUCGGUGUAUCUGACUCUUCUAUCAAGACUCUCAAUCAGUUGCUUCCCCGCUGCAAGAUCAUUCCCGCGACGAACCAAGUCGAAAUGCAUCCUUGUCUUCCUCAAACAGAGCUGAAAAUGUUCUGUGAG